AGGCUGGAGCCGAAAUUCAAGAGUUCCUCAAAGGCCUAUAGCCAGGUGAUGGAGGACGAGGAGAAGGGAGUGGACACUGUGGUGAGCAACAUGGCAGCUGCUCCUUCUCCAUCCCCCAUCCACCGCUGUUGGCUCCCCCUCCGCUGCUUGGCAGCUACUAGCAUUAUUUGUGGCUGCUCUUGCCUGGGAAUCAUGGCUCUUGUGUUUGCCAUAAAGGCAGAAGAGCGCCACAAGGCAGGCCGCUUCGUGGAGGCAGCGCACUGGGGAGCCCAGUCAUGGAGGCUCAUCUUGGCCAGUUUUGCCUUCUGGCUUGCUGUCCUCCUCCUGUGCCCUGGGCUACUGUGGCUGCUUUCCUAUGCCAUCUCUCAGGCUGAGGGAUAGCCAGGAUGUGCUGGAUCCAGUAGUGCAACAUUGCUAAAUUCUGGUGACAACAGAAGGAGGGGGCUCUCUCAAGGGCCUGGGGAGGGGUGAUCAUCUCUUUUUCAGUGACCGCCACCUUCUGUAUACCCUGCUCUGCUCUUAUCCUAGGGGCCGAGGAGGGAUUGAAGACCAAGCUUAAUUUUAUUAGGAUCUGUUUUGUAAUAAAAGCCUCUUUUGGUGUUGCAAUGCUCCUGCCUAAUUAUUCUCUCUCUGUUCUCCCUUGGGCCUUUGGUGAGAGCAGCUGGACAUGUGACUGAUGGCUGGGCCUGCAGCUCCUCUCUGGCCUCACUUAGGAGCUCCAGGAGAGGAAGUUUCCCUUCUUGGAAAGACCUCACAGCUUUUCACAUCAGAAACCCUGAGGCUGGAGAGGAAGUGUAGCAGAAACUACUAUUUACUUGAGUACUUAUGCCAGGCUGUAUUCAAGUUAUAUUUUUUCUUCAUAAUGAUUCAGUGGUAGUUUUUUUUUGUUUUUUUUUUUUUUGGUG